UAAAAGCUGCCAACUCCAACUACUCCGCAUCUGUAUCUCAUAACCUCCUCUGUCCUCUGUUCUACUUGCAUUCGUUCUUCAUUCAACGCAUUUUUACAAAUGGAGAAGAGCUUGUGUAAGUGGGACAACUGGGUCGCAGCAGCACUGUCAAAGCUCGAAACUUUGAAAGUGCUUCGUUCUCUAAGGCCCAUUUACGUUUCCUCCCAUGAACUGCAAAAAGAAAAUCCUCGACCCGUCGAAGAACGUGACGAUGAUUACGAGGUGUUCGAUAAAAUGCAACCCCGGGAUCGAUCUGCCGUUGAAAUAGCAAUCUCUGACUCUACAUUUCACAGAUGGCUGCAUGACAUUCCUAGUUCUGGAGAUGAGAUUGUCUGCAGUGAUUGGAAAGUAAAUGAUACGGCUACUACGAGCUCCAGGGAGUUCAAGAAGCUACUUCUUUUCUCUGGAAAUGAUUAUUUGGGACUGAGUUCACAUCCCACAAUUGCGAAGGCUGCUGCAAAGGCAGCACUAGAGCAUGGAAUGGGCCCUAGGGGCUCUGCUUUAAUCUGUGGAUACACCAAUUACCAUCGGUUACUAGAGUCAUCCUUGGCAGAUUUAAAGAAGAAGGAGGAUUGUCUUCUUUGUCCCACAGGAUUUGCAGCCAAUAUGGCUGUGAUGGUAGCAAUUGGAAGCAUUGCCUCUCUCUUGGCUGCAGGUGAUAAACCUUUGAAAAAUGAAAAAGUUGCCAUAUUUUCUGAUGCACUAAACCAUGCAUCAAUAAUUGAUGGUAUUUGUCUUGCUGAGAGAACAAAAAGUGUAGAACUUUUUAUCUAUAAACACUGUGACAUGUCCCACCUCAAGGCACUGUUAUCAAGUUGCACAAUGAAGAAAAAAGUUGUUGUGACUGACAGCUUGUUUAGUAUGGAUGGAGACUUUGCACCAAUGGUUGAGCUUGUGCAGCUUCGCAAGAAGUAUGGUUUUUUGUUAGUCUUAGAUGAUGCUCAUGGAACAUUUGUCUGUGGAAAAAGUGGUGGGGGAGUGGCUGAGGAAUUUAAUUGUGAAAGAGAUGUAGACAUAUGUGUUGGCACUUUGAGUAAGGCAGCAGGUUGUCACGGUGGUUUCAUAGCAUGCAGCAAAAGGUGGAAGCAGCUCAUACAGUCUAGAGGCCGUUCUUUUAUAUUUUCAACUUCAGCACCAAUACCGAUUGCUGCUUCUUCACAUGCUGCUGUUAUUGUGGCAAAAAAGGAAACAUGGCGUAGAAAGGCUAUCUGGGAUCGGGUGCAAGACUUCCAGGCUCUUACUGGAAUCCGAAUCUCAAGUCCUAUUAUUUCUCUUAUUGUAGGGAGUGAAGAGAAGGCCCUCCUAGCUAGCAGGCAUCUCUUAGAAUCUGGUUUCCAUGUGACUGCCAUUAGACCACCAACUGUCCCUACCAACUCUUGCAGGUUACGAGUAACUCUAACUGCAGUUCAUACGACAGAUGAUAUAAAGAAGUUCGCAACUGCACUCUCUCGUAUCAUCAACCUUCAAGACAUUUCCAGCCAUACUUCAAAUUUAUAUUCUAAGCUAUAGAGUUUGAUUAUUUUUUCUGGGUUACAUUGCUUCUGUGUAAUCUGUAAUUCAAGGAGACUCAAGUAGAUGGUGGGCUUCACCCCUACCCACAUCCUUUUGUAUUUAAAAUAGGAAGAGAUCCAUUCAGUUUCCGUAUGACGUAAUUAAGAAUGGUGGAUCUAAGCUUCAAGUCAUACUUUUAAGUUAAUCAAUAUUUUGAGCAUUUGAAUAAAAAAUUCUUUAUGAUUUCAAUUUA